AUGGGAAAAAAAAAUUACGAAAGAAGGACGAUAUUGCUAAUUGGUAGAACAGGAAAUGGAAAAUCCGCAUUAGCAAACGUAAUUAGCGGUAGUGAAAUAUUUAAAGAAAGUGCAGGUUCUAUUAGUCAAACCAGAAGUGCUAAUAUUCAGGAAGUUUUAAUUGAUGGGGUGUUAUUUAAACUCAUUGAUACAGUCGGUCUUGGUGAUACAAAAUUAACUACCCAAGAAGUUCUUUAUAAAUUGGCAGAAGCCGCUCAUUCAAUCAAAGACGGGUUAAAUCAAAUAUUAUUUGUUACAAGCGGAAGAUUCACCAAAGAAGAAGUGGAAUCUUAUGACUUAUUAAGAUCCAUCAUCUUUAACAAUGAUGUUGUCAAGUAUACUACCAUUGUACGAACUACUUUCCCUGAAUUUGAAGAUGUCGAGAAAAAGGUUAUGCACGUAGAUAAUCCACCAUUGAUCGGUCGUGCUAAAGAAACCAACAGAAUAACCAGGAACGAAUCAAGAAAAAGAAUUUUAUUACAUUUAAGUACUUGUAAAGAAGUUUAUAGACCAGAAAAUUUAGAUCAGUUAAACGAAAGGAUUGGAAAUUAUAUGACUGAAAAAGAAAUGCUAGAAAAAAUUGUAGGUAGCAUGGAGGAAGAUUUGAAGGUACAACAAGAAAGAAUGGAAAGACAAGAAGAAGAAAUGACAGGAAAUGGGAAAUCCGCGUUAGCAAAUGUAAUCAGCAACACUGAAGGAUUUAAAGAAAGUUCAGGUUCUACUAGUGAAACCAGGAAUGUUAAUAUUCGAGAAUUUUUAAUUGAUGGAGAAUCAUUUAAACUCAUUGAUACAGUCGGUCUUGGUGAUACAAAACUAACUACACAACAAGUUCUUUAUAAAUUGGCAGAAGCCGCUCAUUCCAUCAAAAACGGGUUAAAUCAAAUAUUAUUUGUUACAAGCGGAAGAUUCACCAAAGAAGAAGUGGAAUCUUACAACUUGUUAAGAUCCGUCAUUUUUGACGAUAAUGUUAUCAAGUAUACUACCAUUGUACGAACUAAUUUUCCCGAAUUUGAAGAUGUUAACAAAGCAUGUAGAAAGGUUCUACAUCUAGAUAAUCCACCAUUGAUCGGUCGUGCUAAAGAGACCAACAGAACAACCAGGAACGAAUCAAGAAAAAGAAUUUUAUUACAUUUAAGUGCUUGUAGAGAAGUUUAUAGACCAGAAAAUUUAGACCAGUUAAACGAAAGAAUUGGAAAUUAUAUGACUGAAAAAGAAAUGUUAGAAAAACUUGUAGGUAGCAUGGAAGAAGAAUUGAGGAUACAACAAGAGAAAAUUGCAAGACAACAAGAAGAAAUGGCAAGACAAAGAAAAGAAGCAGAAAUUAAAAUGAAAAAUUUAGAUGAAGGAAUGCAAAGAGAAAUCAUAAGACGUUUAGAUGAAGCAGACAGAAGAUUUCAAAAAGAAAUGGAAGAACAAAGAAGGGCGAUAGAAGAACAAAAAAGAGCAACACAAGAAGAAAUAAAAAAUUUAAAAAAUCAAAUCGCUCAAAAAUCAAGAGAACAUGUUGAGAAAAAAUGCGGUAUUUUUCAACUAGUCGGUGAAACUCUAGAUAGUUUAGCUUGUGUAUUUAAAUGGUUUUAA